UCCAGCAGAUCAGUAACUGUAUGCUCUUACGGUGACUUCAGGGUCAGAGCACAUUGUGUUGAUCUCAGGAGAGGUUUUAGGUCAGAUUAUCUGAUGGUGACGAUGAUCCGUUAGGGUGUUUUGACUUUGCUCAUAGCAUCUGAACACAUACUGUAGUAAAGCAGGAGAAUCACAAACAUUCACUUUCCUCUUUACUUGCUCACCAACAUAUAUGAAGGAACCAGAAAAACUCUGAGGAUCUUCUGUCUGCAGGGCUCAGGUUUGGUGUCAGGUGGUGCAUCAUCGAUCGGUUCUUGAUCCCAGGCCUGUGACGUGCAGCAUGGCCGAGAAUGGAGGUGUUGAUGAACGGCGACCUCAGGUGUUUGUGGUGAGCAGUCAGACUCUAGACGUCCCAACCCCACCCCAUCAUGUGCACGAGAAGCUGAAUGCCCAUCGGUUUUCCCUCAUCUACCUGCUGCUGGGUGUCGCUCUACUGGGCGUCUUUAUUGAGGCUGGACUCAUCUUUCAUCUCUACAGCAGACUCCAGUCACAGGUGUCACCGGAUAAUCAACCAAUGGAAUAUAAAGCAGACAAGCCCUCAUCUCAAAGUGGAUCACUGGAUCAUAAUGAAAUUUUUCCUAAAAAUCAAGAUCCUGAAGCUGAGAGCAAACCCGCUACAUUCCUACAGUAUAAAAAGUCCUCAAAGGAACAAGAAACCAAGGUGUUGCACUGGACGCAUAAUGUUUUCCCAACGUUUUAUACCAGUCUGGACAUCAAGAACAACUCAGUUCUUUACAUCCAACAGGAGGGAGUUUAUUACAUAUUUUCCAAAAUCUCCUACAACACGAACAGUUUUCUGAAACAUCAAGUCAUGUACUGCACAGAGAGAUACUCCAAUAACAUGGAGCUGAUGAGUUCCAGGUAUUUUUCCAACCCUCACAAAGGCCAGACAAUUGAAUACAGCAACAGUUACCUGGGGGGAGUAUUUCAGUUGUAUAAAGGUGACAGCGUCUUUGUUAAGGUCAAUAACGUCUCACUGCUGUAUGGGGAAACUGCUGAGAACUUCUUUGGUGCCUUCAAGAUCCAUUGACAUCCAUACUCUUGACACACAAACACACACGCACGCACGCACACACACACACACACACACACACACACACCAGUUUUUAAAGGUUCUCAGUACAGUUUAAGAUAUUUUGUAGAUUCUGAUUUUUUACAGUUACUUUCCAUAUAGCAAGCAACCAUUGAAACAAUGUUAAUAACUGUUCAUAUGUUAUUGUGAAUCUUACUGAAUCAAUAUCACGUUUGCAACCUUUGUUAAUAUUGAGAAAAAUAGAAACUUCAACAAACCACCAUGAUGGUGAUCAGUGUUUGCUUUAGUUUAGCCUUGUGUUUUAAUCUUAAGUUUUCUUUGGCUGUUGAAGCAGUGUUUCUGUUAUUUAUUUAGAUCUUAUUUACUAAGAUCUACUGUGAUUAUUUUUUAUAUAUAAAAAGGUUUAAUACAAGCCCAGACAAACACCGAAAAAAGAAAGAUCUACCUUUUAAGAGUCAAGGGCUUAACUAGAGCAAACACUCAUCACCAUAAUGGUGAUUUGUUGAAAUUUCAAUA